UCUUAGCAAUCUUGGCAUUUUUGCAGUUAAACUACUGUAUCUGAAAGGGAAUUCGCCCUGAUUUUUACUAAAAUUGAAUAAAAGAGUCAUCAACCACCAUGACUAAACAAGAAAAGUUCUUCGGUCCGCUAACACUGCACCAAAAAAGCGAGAAACCAACGAUUUUCAAAGAUAACGAGACCCGUGAAUGCCAGUGCGUUUUGUGUGAAGAGAAGUUCACGUUACCUGAUGCUGAGAAAGCUUUGCUGACACAUUUCUUCAUGGAACACAGAUUGGUCAUUGCUGACGUGAACCAAAUAGCGGAUUUGUUUGAAUACUUGAGAUACUGGCGAUUGAGGUUUAGAGAUGAAAGUCUCCCUUACUUCUGUACUACAAUGUUAUUGGACAGCAAGCCCGAUGGAACAAAAUCUAAAGACGAGCAAUACUACUUGCUCAGCGAUGUUCUACCCGAGGACAAAGAGUUACGCUCAAACCUGCAACAAACUAAAUUAGAAAAACUAUUACAACGACACCAGUUUGAACGGGAAGAUAAAAAUUACGAAAAAGAAUGUCUAUUUUGUAGACACGUCUCUAAAGAUACUAGAGCAGUUUAUUUGAAUCAUUUGUUUGAAAAACACAACUUUCAUAUAGCUAAACCGGACAACCUGAUUUUCAUAGAUGAUCUCAUAGACACCGUAGCAUCCAAGCUAGAUAAUCUACAAUGUAUUUACUGCGAAGGUUUCUUUAAAGACCGGAUUAUUCUUAAAGAACAUAUGAGGAAAAAAGGACACAAAAGAAUCAAUCCGGAAAAUAAGGAGUAUGAUAAAUUCUUUAUGGUUAAUUAUAUAGGUGAUAAACAAACUAAGCAUAAAUAUCAGAAACAUCAUAAUCAGAAACAAAGUCAUCAAAGAAUACCAAACCCUCCAGAGGAAAAUGACCGUGAAUCCAAUGUGGAUAGUGAUCCAGAGUGGUCAGAAUGGACCGAAGAGAACGGCCCACAGAUAACCUGUCUCCUUUGCGAGCAUACAGAAAUGGAAUACGAGAACAUUCUAGACCACAUGGAACGUAAACAUGAUUUUUCAUUCACAAAAUCUACGGCAGGCUUAGAUUUCUACCACAAAAUCAAGAUAGUCAACUACAUUCGUCGGCAGAUACAUUUGAAACAGUGUUUAUCAUGUGAAACAGUCUUUGAUGAUUCGUCAAAUUUAGAGAAACAUUUGAAAGAAAUGAAACACUGGGAACUUAAGAAAGAAAAAUGGGAUCAGCCGGAAUAUUAUUUUCCGACAUAUGAAGAUGACUUGUUCCUGUGCUUUAUCCAUGAUGAUGAUGAGAGCUGGUGGGACACUGACCAACAGGAAGCUGAGAGGACUGAUAACAGUUUUUCUGAUUCUAUUUCUAAAGAGAUGGCUAUGGCUGUGUUAAAUGAAUAAAAGCAUCAGUUCCGGUGAUAAUAUCUAUUAUGUUAAUGUAAUAAACUCUUCAUAUCAAUAACAGAUUUUACUACCGGCACUGGUUUUUUGAGUGCCAGUAGGUACAGUAGGGUGUAAUAUCAGUGGGGAGACACCCCUCCUUUUGGGCAAACACGGCUCGUUCGACUCAGCAUUACUCUCAGCAAUUAUUAGGGUUGGCACCUCUUGACGUACUUUUGCAUGCACGACCACAGAUAAUCGGUCGUGUUUUAAUUUAUCGCCACUAGUUACGAAUAUCCUUUCCUUUCGCACUUGUAUCAUGUACUAGGUGUUACGCAAUUUGAUGUACAAAGUAUAGAUGGUCAAGCAAAUGUUGUCAGUAGAAAAAGGCGCGGAAUACAAUUUUCUAGAUGAUAUCCCUUCGCGUCUACAUUUUUCAAUUUUACCGCCUUUUUCUACUGACAAGAUCUGCUUGACCAUCUAUAUAUUAACCUUUUAUUCUGUCGGAAUAA